ACCGAGCGAGUAACCAGGAAGUGUUUCUUGAGCGCGAGGCAUCACGGUCAAUGUAGUCUGGUAAUGGGUCAUCAUCCUACUAACGCGCUUGCUUUCGGUCUUGUACACAACAGCUUGAACGCUGUUAUUUAAAAUACAAAUCUGGCCUGGAUAUUUCGUGAUAUAUUGACUGACUUUCCGCAUUGUUUACUUGGAAACGAAGUGAAACGUGUUCUAUUUAACGACCGGCAGAUGGCGGUCGUUCAAUGACGGAUUAGCUAACAGGUUGGUUGAAACCAACGAAGAAGAUCGUCGCCCCGUUCCCCCUCCGCUGUUUAAUGAAGGGAGAAGACGAGCAUGGCUGCGAGCAACGCGGCUGCACCGCUAACGAGCUCGCUCUCGAAACUGCAGUCUUUGAAUGGACUGUUUGCAAUUUAUAAAAAGCGAGGGCCGACCUCUGCGGAUGUCUUGAACAAGCUCAAAGAAACUCUACUCGAGGAAGCCGGCUUGAGGAAUGCGAACCCGAGGAAGCGGAAGAAGCAGAGUCUCAAGAUGGGCCACGGAGGGACGCUCGACAGUGCUGCCAGUGGAGUAUUAGUUGUUGGUGUUGGAAACGGCACCAAAAUGCUCAGCACCAUGUUGGCUGGUUCCAAGAAAUACAUUGCUGUCGCAGAGUUGGGGAAAGCAACUGACACUCUUGAUGCUACUGGCAGUGUUACUCAAGAGAAAGACUUCAAACAUGUUACCAAGUUGGAUUUAGAGGAGAAGCUGAAGAGUUUUGUCGGCGAUAUCAUGCAAGUCCCACCACUUUACUCAGCGCUGAAAAAAGAUGGCCAGCGAAUGUCUGUCCUUCUGAAGAAAGGUCACAAAGUCGAGGCGAAACCAGCGAGGUCCGUCACGGUGUACAACUUGACCCUGCAAGAGUUCAAGCUGCCAUUCUUCACAUUGGAUAUUGAAUGCGGUGGUGGAUUUUACGUGAGGAGCUUGGUGGAUGAGCUGGGAAAAGCGCUCCUGUCGUGCGCUCACGUCAAGGAGCUGACCCGCACCAAACAGGGUCAGUUCACCUUGGAGCAGCAUGCCUUACACGAGGAGCAAUGGACACUGGGACACAUCGUCAAAUCACUGCGAGCGUGCCCGGAGUCCGAAGAGAGUCUGGACAGUGUGGCAGCACCAGAAGGCGGAACUUGAACAAUAAUCUUUUAGAGAGAAACUCAUUCAGGUAUGAGUCAGACGUUGUUUUACGUUGUCAUUUUCUUUUUGUUGGGGAGUAUCACUUUUUUUUUUUUUUCAUUGAAAAAUACAUUUUGAGUUUGCGUUUGUUUACAGCCUCAAACAAAUGCAUAAAUCAUGGUUAUUACUGCAUUCCAUGGGUUCCUGAUUUGUGCAAAAAAUCUUAUUCUACCAACGCAAGCAACAAGGAGAACACAUUUGAUUUACUGUAUGUAAAGAUCGUUUGGGUUUUUUUGGGUCUUUAUGAUAUCGCUUUGAUUCUUGAUCAUCUUUAAGUAGCAGAAAUACUGCUUUGAAGGUUAGCAAGUUUGGCUAAAGUGGCUAAAUACUGUAUAUUCUAGUUAGUCGACAUGCAUAACGAUAAUGAUUUUUUUUCUUCUUACGGCUACACUCGGGUAAAUGGCAAAUGUUUACAAAGGGUACUCUUUGUCUUUCAACAGUUUAUUAUAUAUAUAUAUUUUUUUUUUACGUGAUAUGUAUACAAGCGCAAGUGGACUCCUCCGUGGGUCUGCUCACAAGCAUGCGUUUCAUAAUAAGACGUUGGAUUAUGAAAACUUUCUCCCCGAUGUUGUGUUGUCUUUAAAGGACGUUAAGGGUGCAUUUCCAAAUGAAAAGUGAAAAUGAUACGUGUUCAAAUAAAGUGCUUCAAAAAAAAAAA